CCUCGGCACCAUCGUUCAUAAGGAGCUCGUCGCGAAGGUUAUAAGACCUGAGAAAGGAACGUUGUUUUGCUCCCUAUUUUAGUUGGCGGAACGGCUUCUGUCUUGUGAGAAAUAAGAACAGCAAAAUGGCACCAGCACUGAUCGAAGAAAACAUUAAGGACUUUGUCGUCCCUAAGAAAGACACCUUGGGACUCCCCGAGCCAGCGCUGAAAAGGUUAACCAAGGCAGGCAUUGAUUUGUUAAACGGGUACCCAUACCGCCCCAAUCGACCUUUGUAUCUUCAGGAUGUGUACAAUAUUAGAAAUAAAGAACGAAAACAUGACGAUGCAGGUGCCAGAGCGGAAAGAUCGAAACACGCACUGUUGUCUGCUGCCACAAAGGUCACCGACUUAACCACCCACAUUGGUACGGAGAUCGAGGGCCUCCAGCUCAAAGAUCUUACAGAUCAACAAAAGGAUGAGCUCGCCUUGUUGAUCGCUGAGCGAAGUGUCGUUUUCUUUCGUGAUCAGGACCUCUCUCCUCAGCAACAGAAAGAGCUCGGAGAGUACUAUGGCGAGGUCGAGAUUCAUCCGCAAGUUCCGCAAGUCCCUGGAGUGUCUGGAGUGACUGUCAUCUGGCCAGCUCUCCAAGCCACCGAGGUUACUGCGAGCUUUCGCAAACCAGGUGGUGCAUCCCGCUGGCAUACCGAUCUUGUGCAUGAACGCCAGCCUGCAGGUAUAACUCACCUCCACAACGAUACUGUGCCACCGAUUGGAGGAGACACUCUCUGGGCCAGUGGAUACUCGGCAUACGAGAAGCUAUCACCCGAUUUCCGCAAAAUGAUUGAUGGCAAGCAGGCUGUUUAUAGAUCUGCUCACCCAUAUCUCGAUAAGGAGAAUCCAAAUGCGGGUCCUCAGUAUAUUGAGCGGACUCAUCCAUUGGUUCGAGUACACCCGGCUACCGGGUGGAAAGCCCUGUGGGUUAAUAGAGCAAUGACUAGUCGAAUAGUCGGGCUCGAUAAGGCUGAGAAUGAUCUCAUCUUGGGAUAUUUGUUUGACGUUUAUGAACAGAACGUGGAUAUCCAAGUGAGAUUCAAAUGGACUCCGGGAACGAGUGCAUUGUGGGAUAGUAGAAUCACCAUACAUAAUGCCUCUUGGGACUAUGGUGGGCACUAUCCUCGACAUGGUACACGAGUCACUUCGUUGGCCGAAGUCCCCUAUUUCGACCCUAACGCCCCUACGCGUCGUGAAGCACUAGGUCUGCUGGACCCAGACGAGAAGAAGGUGGAUGGCAUCUUGUUGGAGACUUGAGGGUUUUGAACUGAUAUCACACAGGGGGGACCAGCGUAAAGAAUAGAGGCUCCUCAGAGCGCGUCGCGCCUUGACACAGAUCUGGGGUGAUGCCAAGUAUAUGAAGUUGAAAACAACAACCCCAUGUCCAGCAAGGUCAGCGCAACAUCACGUGAUCAUCAUCCAUUGUGGUUGUAGCACCGGGCGAUAGGUAUUUCGGCCAGACACCCUUGCAUUUCGGCCAUAUACCUAGGUAAUUAGGCAAGUCCUCCGAGUACUCUGCAAUACACCUAUCUGGCCUAUUCUCUAUGAUGCCUAUGAUGCAGGACCCUAUUCUCUGUGAUGCCGACGGAAAACGACUUACUAGUUAUUUAUAUGGGGACGAGUUUCUCAUUGCAUGGCUUGUUGCAUCUCACAGGGCCAAUUGCCGCGAUAAAAAUGACGAAUUCACGUUGCUAUUUGGCAGGUUCUAGUUGCCAUUGAGACGUUCCUG